AUGACGAAUCAGAAUCAGCGGCAUGCUGCAAUCAGGCUGUACAAAGAGCUGCAUAGGAUUGGUAGAGACUAUCCGAAUCCGAGGUAUGAAUUCCAUCACAAAUUGAGAGGGAUGUUUGAGAAAAACAGACACCUUACAGACCCACAGCAGAUAUCGGACAAAUUGAAAUUCCUGGAGUACAUCAAGAAGGAAACGCUGUCGCUGAUAUCGCUAGCCAAGUACAGAGAGAUGAAGCGGAGGUAUGGAUCUAGUUGA